GUCAACUUUCUCGAGCAGAGCAUUACAUACCACCUCAGGGCACCAAGUCACGGCUUUAAUCACUGAUUUACACUAUAGUCACUCAGGAACAAAGCGAAGCUCGGUAUAAUUUCGGCCGACUUUCUGUUAUCGCAUCGCAUAUUCUUUGUUAUCAACUUCAAGAUGGCCGCCAACGAGCCGCAACAGGGACAUGCUCCAACAGAAGAUGUAAACAUGACCGAUGCUCAGUCCGACCAACCAACUCAGCAGCAGCAGCAGCAACAGCACCUAACAACAAGCCACCACCACAUCCCCGACCGCCCCCCUCACCCCGUCUCUCCGGUCCCGAUCCCCCAAAUCCCCGGCCGUCCAAGUCCCACAGGGGCACACCCCACCGCAAACCAAGGACCCAGCGCGAUACGCUCUACAGCUACAACGAACGGCUCGACAAGCGAAGACCAACAAUCUCAACCACUACCACCGUACCAGCAGCGGGCUAGCUCGUCACGAGCCGCCUCUGCGCAUCCCCAGGACUCUGGUCAGGGUCAGCAACAGGGGCCGGGAUCAACGGGCACAGCAGGCAUGCCCACGGAACCGACACUUCACGGCGCGCCGGUGAGGCAGUACUUGAAUACCAAGGUGACGGGGCACUUGUUGGAAGGGAUGAAGAUGCUAGCGAAGGAGCAACCAAAAGACCCCCUCCGAGCCCUAGGCGAGUUCCUCCUCCAGCGAUCUAAACAGUAUGAGGGUGGUGGUGGCGCGAAUGGUACUUCGACUAGCGCAUAGAAGGCUUCAGUCAGAUGAUCGAGCCCACGCACAUACCGGGAGGCCGCGAUCAGCGGCCACCGUAGUUCUCAUAGGGUCUAUGAAGAUUUCACCUUGAUGAGGUCUAUACUUUUAUUACGAUAAAAGGCGGCGGGAAAAGGGAAGGCAAGAAAUAAAGGAGCUUCUCCGGCGUCCAGCGAAAAGAAAAGGAGGGGGUGAACAAAGGUUGGCAUAUAGUCUACGUGACAGAACUGGAAGGUGACACAUCAUGAGAGCGCUCAAGUAUGUGUUGGAGGCUGGAAAAGCGACAACGAAAAGGGCUUGAUUCUGGAGUUGUCUAACGGAAGGGGAGAAACGAGACCAGGGCAGCCUAAAUACCCAGGAAGGGAGUGCCAGUGAAUAAGCAAUGCUAGUGAAUGGACGGCCCGGGACACGGACUUCCGACAGUAUGGCUAGGAUAACAUUGGCUUUACGUCACAAGGGUCAUGAGAUACGCAGGAAAACCGAACUUGAGGCAAGAGGAUCGAGGAAUUUGUAUUUUUCAAACAAAAACCCCAGCUGACUUUGUCUUCAUCAUGGGUGCUGCUAGACAUCCGCCUAGCAGAUAAUUUGAGCACGUUGAGCAGUAAAACUGCAUCCCGAUG